GCUGAGCUUUCAGCUCCUGAUGCAAAUUGUUCUGGAGAGCGUUUACCCUAGAUAGGACGCAGGAGGAGGGGAGAGGAGGACAGUAACAAGCAUAGCUGGGGGAGAGAGGGAGGGGCAAGUGGAGAGACAGUAUUGGGUUAGGGUGAGAAAAGAAGGACACAGAAAAAAAGAGAAAGAGAAGUGCAGAGACAGAGUGUGCCAGGUACGCACUCACUGCAGGGCUGGUGUCUCUGUGCAGUCGGUGACUCGGAGAUCUGUGCUCAGAGGAGGCAGCAGCAUCAUUGCUCUGACGGCCAGGAGGCUGGACAGCGCUGACCAGUGUGUGUCCUUCUCUGCGGUCUGUCUCCUUGUUGGAGUGGGGGACAGUGUGUCUCCUUCUGUGCCUUCCUGAGCUUGACUGUUGGUCUGUCCUCGCAGUCUCCGUCAUCAGUAUUUCAGGAGCCCAGUCAGCGCGGUCACUCUCUGUGGGCUGGUGCCUCCAGCUCUCUCAGCUCUAUGGAUCCCCAGUUCCUGGUGAGCCUCAUGAAGCGCUUCUGCCCGUGUCUCGGCGUGCUUGCGAGUCAGGACUGGGGCAAGAGCGAUGAGCGCCUGCUGCAGGCUGUGGAGCAGAACGACCCCGAGAGAGUCGCCGCCCUGCUGGUGAAGAAGGGGCUCUGCGCCUCCAAGCUGGACCCCGAAGGAAAAUCGGCGUUUCACGUGAGUGCUGCACGCGGCCGUGUGGACUGCCUCGAGGUCAUCCUGACACACGGAGUGGACGCCAACUCUGUUGACAGCACAGGCUUCAACGCACUGCACCUCGCUGCCAGGAAUGGGCACCCCGAGUGUGUGAAGAGACUGCUGCAGGAGCGCGUGCCGGUGGACUCCACAGACGCUCACGGCAGGACCGCGCUCCACCACGCCGCGGUCAGCGGGUGUCUGGCAUGCACGCAGACUCUGUGGGACUUCAAGGCUUCUCUGGACGCUCAGGAUGGGGACGGUUCCACCCCCUUGAUUCUGGCGGCCCAGAUGAGCCGGGUCGAGCUGUGCGCCUUUCUGGUGGACCGGGGAGCUUCAGUCAACCUGCAAGACAGCCAGGGGAGGACGGCCCUGAUGCUGGCCUGCGAGAGCGACAGUCUGGAGACGGCGCAGCUGUUGCUCCGGGCCGGAGCGGACCCCCGUCUGGCCGACGCCCUGGGCCGCACCGCCGCUCACUACAGCGUCGCCACGGGCAACCAGCGCGUCCUGCGGCUGCUGCAGCGUUCCUCCGGAGACGCAGGGGGCGGCGCCACGGAGUCGGGCUCCAGCGAGGAGGUAAACCCGGUCGGUUCGGUUCGGUCCAUUCCCAUUCAGAAACCACAGGCUGUGCUGGUGUUCGUGCCCGUGCAGAGCCCCGCAGUCCACAGUCAGCGCUCAUCACAGCCCCCGGCCCCCCCACCCCUGCCUGCAGGGGGCCGGGGAACAGGGCCCCGCAAGAGGAAAGCCCCCCCGCCACCUGGUACCCCACCCUCGCCACAGGGCCCCAGCCCCUCCCCAGAGCCGCCCAGCCCCCCAACACCUCCUGCCCUGUCUCCAGAAACACAGCGCCGCCCGGAGCCCAGCAUGGUCGAGGAUGAAGAGGUGUUUGAGGAGAUCCGGAGACUGCGGCUGGAGAGAGGACGUCUCCUACAGAAGAUCAAGAACCUGGAGCAGCAGCAGCACAGCGCCCACACAGCUCUGGAGGAGGAUCUGCGGGGGGCGCAUGUGAUAGAGGGAGCCCCCAGCGACUCCGAGGCCACAGACGACAGCGAAGAGCCACUGGACUUCCCAGGAGCAGAGCGGCUGCUGUCCAGGCAGUCCCGCAGCUUGGAUCCGGAAUCUGUUUCAAGCCAGGGGAACCCCAAUUCCAUUUCAGCUUCACAGAUCCUUGGGGACCCCGACUCUCUUGCUGCCCUGCAGAGACAAGUGGAGGAGCUGACAGUGCAGAAUGCAGACCUGUUGCUUAAAGUGCAGAUGUUGGAGACGUACGAGAAGGACGACACGGAGAUGGAGAGCUCCGCGGGCGAGGACUUCAUCCCUGCCAUCCUGUACGACUCCCUGAAGAAGGAGUUCGAUGAGCUGCAGGAGCGCUACUCCCAGGCCCAGGCUGAGGCUGAGGCCUGCAGGGAGGCCGGCGAGGCCGGCGAGGCCGGCGAGGCAGAAAGGCAAGGCUCCGAGGCUCGGAUCCAACAGCUUGAGGCAGAGCUGGAGGAGAGCAAGAGGAGGCAGAGGGAGCAGGGCGAGAUGGAGGGCGAGGCUGCCGGGGAGCUGAGGGAGGGGCUGCAGAGGCUGGAGGCGAGGCAUGCAGAGACUCUGUUGGAGCUGCAGGAGCUGAGGGAGCAGGUGAGGCUGGGGGUGUACUCUGUGGAGGUGGCGGACGAGGCUGCCCCCUCCCCACAGAGUCAGGACUCUGAGGCUCGGAGCCAGGAGGGACAGGUGGAGGAAGUGAGGCAGCUCAGAGACAAGGUGAAGGACCUGGAGGCAGCCCUAGCAGAUAGAGAAGCAGAGAAGGAGGAAGGGGAGCCGGAGGCAGUAAGGCAGCUUCAGGAGAGGGUGAGGCAGCUGGAGGCAGACCUGGCAGAGAGGCAGAGCAGUGGGGAGGCGGUGAGAGACCAAGAGGGGGACGCAGCGGGGAGGCGAGGCGAGGAGGAGAGCCUGCGGGGGGCGCCGGAGGGCUCCGUGUCCCUGGAGGAGUUUGAGGAGAUGCGGCUGAGCCUGGCCAUCCAGCUGGAGGAGAUCACGCGGGAGAGGUCGGAGGCGGCACUGAGGCUGAACGAGGCGCUGCUGGAGCUGGAGAGGCUGCGCCCCCCCGCUGCCGGAGAGGAGGAGGAGGAGGAAGACCAGUCCGAGGGGUCAGAGCCCUCUUCUGCCCCAGACCAAUCAGAGCGCACGACCCACGAGUCAGGGGGAGGGGCCCUGGAGGCCCUGAGGGCGGAGCUUGAGGAGGCGCAGCGGGAGGCGGCAGCGGCCCGCGAUCAGCUGCGUGCGGAGCAGGAGGAGGGGGCCCGGCUGACCGCCAGGCUGCAGGAGUCAGUGCCCUUGUCUGAGCACCAGGUGGCACUGUCUGCCCUCAAGGACCAGCUGGCCCAGGCUCAUCAUGAGCUCCAGGAGGACAAGGCCCGGCAGGGGCAGGCCCAGCAGGAGAGCUCCAGGCUGCAGGCUGAGCUCCAGGCCCUCAGGAACGACUCUGUGUCCCGGGAGGAGCAUGAGAAAGUGAAGGAGUCUCUGCAGCGCUCCCUGCAGGAGAGCGAGAAGACGGCCCAGUCGGCGCUCCUCUCCCUGUCCGGGCGCGAGGCGGAGCUGGGCGCGCUCCGGGCGGCGGUGGAGGGCAGCGUGUCGCGGGAGGAGCACGAGGCCCAGCGGCGCACCCUGCAGGUGGAGGUCAACACGCUCACGGCCAAGCUGAACGACCUGACGCGCAAACACGAGAAGACCUGCACCGAGGUGUUCCAGGUGCAGAGGGAGGCCCUGUUCAACAAGAGCGAGCGGCAGGCGGCGGAGGCCCAGCUGGCCGCGGCGCAGCAGCAGCUGUCUGACCUGCAGGCGCAGUCGGGGAGGCUGCAGGAGCUGCGCACCAGCAUCGAGGACGCCCAGGGCCUGGUCAAGGAGAAGGACCGCAAGAUUACAGAGCUGUCCAAGGAGGUGUUCCGCCUGAAGGAGGCGCUAGGGAGCUUGACCCCGCCGCUGUCCUCCGCUCCUCCUGUGGCCCCCAGCACACAGGGCCAGCAAGGGGCCUUGCAGAGCCGUGUAGCCGCGCUGCAGAAACAGCUCCAGGACUGGGACCGGAAGCACCGGGCGGUGGUGGCGGUGUAUCGCGCUCACCUGCUGUCUGCGGUCCAGGGCCGGAUGGAUGAGGAGGUGCAGGCCGUGCUGCUGCAGAUCCUGAGGAUGACCCAGCUCCAGGAGCAGAGCCGCUAGCCCGAGCACGCCCCGGCACCCGCCUGGUCCCCGAGCAGCCUGGCGGCCGGGCAGGGAAAGUCGAGACUUUCCACGAACAGGAACCCUCCGCUCCGUCACAGGAAACUGUGGAAAGGACUCCACCUGGGGCUGGUUCCCUCCUGGCACAGAAUUCCAGGAAACCAUAAAUAUCCUGUGAAUCUGGGAACAGAGAGGGUGGGAAGGAGCAUUGCGUGCAGGAGCGCCGAGCUAUUCCCACCCACUCAGACUCUCAGACCCGACCCUGCUGCGCCAUCCUCUGCUCUGAGGCCCAGCGCAGAAACUCUGCGUUAACGCAAUAAAUCUGUAAAACGUA